UCACGUUGCUGAACUCAAACGCAGCAAAAUCUUGGUAUAAAUACUGAGGCGUUCGCCACCAAAGAUCACACUUGAACACCUCAAGCAACACAAACAUGUUCAGCAAGAUCCUCGCCAUUGCCGCCUUCGUGGCCGCCGCCUCCGCCGGAGUCGUGCCCGCCGUCAGCACCUACGCUGCUGCCCCCGCCUACGGCUACGCCGCCCCCAUUGCCCGCGCCGCUUAUGCCGCCCCCGCCUACGGCUACGCUGCCCCCAUCGCUCGUGCCUAUGCCGCCCCCGCCCUCGCUCGCGCCGCUUAUGCCGCCCCCGCCUACGGCUACGCCGCCGCCCCUGCCAUCGCCAAGACCGUUGAGUUCGACGCCCACCCCCAGUACAGCUACGCUUACUCCGUGUCCGACGCCCUGACCGGAGACAACAAGGAACAGCAGGAGACCCGUGACGGCGAUGUUGUCCGUGGAUCUUACUCUCUGAUCGAGUCCGACGGAACCCGUCGUACCGUCGAGUACACCGCCGAUGAUGUCAACGGAUUCAACGCCGUCGUCCACAAGGAGGCCGCCGUCCAGAAGGCUGUUGUCGCCGCCCCCGCCUACGCUAAGGUCGCCGCUCCCCUGGCUUAUGCCGCCCCCUCCGCCUACGGUUAUGGUGCCCCCGCCUACGGCCGUGCCAUCCUUGGUUAAGUCAGCCAGAAUUGUUGUAAAUUAUUAAUAUAUUUAUCAAUUUGAAACGAAAUGUCUCGUUUUCGUGGGAAACCACGCUGCAUAAGACUUGAAUAAAAUGUACAUUUCAUUUUGUACUUCAUACCAAUAAUUAUAAA